CGCUCGGCCGGUGCAUUGUUUCCCACAGCCCUUUCGCAGUACAGCCGGCAGCUUGGGCCUACCCACCCCGUACAACGGUGGGAUAACUAAAGCCUGGACACCUUGCCCCCUGUAACGGCUUAUAUCAACAGCAGCCCCGGGUAUUGGGGAUCUGCGCCGACUGACGCUUUCGGUUUUUGGCAACGGCUUCACCCCUCUGGCCUGGGUUAGCGGCCAGCCGAGGACUGACUGACCAGGCAUCAUUUGCUCCUCUCCAGAAUGGCAACUGACGGCCCACCAGAGAAUGUGGUUCAGGACCAAGUUAGGUCACUACUGGAGAACGAAAAGGUCAAACUUUGGGAGCCUCCUUAUACAGCCGAAAAUAAAGAUGCUUCACCAGAACUAAAAAUUCUGGGUGAGAAAUAUGCAUUACAGUUGUGCAUUGAUUCGAGUAUGGUGGAAAAUAUUCUUGAAAAUUUGAGGUGUAAUUCACUGCAAGGCUUGAAUGCAAAAAAGACAUUUGAGGACACUGGACUUGCGACAAUCCGUAUCAAUUAUACUAGUCAUACAAAAAGAAAAGAAAAAACUAAGUUGACAACUAAACUAAACAUUUCAGCCAAAGAUCUAAGAGCUGAAAUUGCGAAAUUGACUGGAAUGAAUGAACAACAUGUUAAACUCAUAAUGAACUCCAAAGUUCUUAAAAUGGAUCGAUCGCUUGCCGAACAGAAUGUAAAAAAUAAUUCGUUAAUUAUGGUUAUGCAAAUAACUCUGACUGAAGAAGAAGCAAAAGAACAGGAGAUAAAUUAUCAAGAGGAGAUGAAAGAACAGGAUGAGAGGAAAGCCAAAAUAUCUAGGACCAGAAAGGGUGCUGAAAUCUUAGCUCAGCAUGGUGAAAAUACAGAUCUCAGUAAUGUUCCAUACUUAGAAAUCGCAGAUCAGAAAGGGCGGCCAAUCCCUAUUCCUGCUGCAGAAAAAAAGGCACUAUUGUUAGCUAUGACACUACAUGAAAAAGGCAGAGCAUUUAUGAAGAAGAAAGAUUAUGCUUCAGCAUUGUUGUAUCUGUUGGAUUCUGAUGAAGAAUUUGGGAAAUGUGGGUCUGAACUCCUGAACAUUGUAGAUAACCAUGCGGUCCUACAACUGGAAAUAGUGUGGUGUUACCUUCAACUGGAGCAACUCGACUGCCUUCGUGAUGCAGAAGAGAGAUUAAAACGAGCCCAGACCCGGCUGAAUAACUGCUAUGGCGAGAAUUUGGAGCGACUCUACAACCUGAAGGGUAAUACUGCCAAUGAGCAGGUGCUAUAUUUGCGACUCAAGCUUCUUCAGGGAGUGGUAUUGUACCAUAAAGGAAAGCUGGAUCAGACUAAAAAUCAUCUGAAUGAGGCAGAAACAUUAUUGGGAAAGCUUUCUGUGGAUGAUACAAAGGUGAUGCAACUGAUGUGUCUUGGUUUCACAGCCCAGGAGGCACGGCUAGGUUUACGAGCGUGCAAUGAUGAUAUUGAAGUUGCUGCAUCGCACAUCUACCACAGGAGAGAGGAGAAAGCUGAAAUCCGGAGAAAAGAGAAGGCUGAAAGAAAAAGGAAGAAACAAGAAGCAGUGAAUUCUUUGGUGGCAAUGGGCUAUUCGGAAAAAGCUGCAGCCAAGGCAUUUAGAUCAGCCAAUAAUAACUUGGAACGUGCUAUAGAGAUACUUCAACACACCCCAGAGCAAGUCUAUAUGGAUGAUGAGGAAGCUGGACCAAGUAACAGAAUCGAAGUUUCUGAAGAAACUAUUAACCAGGUGGCGUUUUUGGGUUUUGAUCAUUCUGCUGCUGAAAUUGCCCUCAGGAGAUUUAAUGGGAACAUUGAGCGUGCUGUUCAGGCCUUGAUCGAUCAUGGUGGAUACCUUCCAUCAAGUCUACUUAAUUCACCUCCCUCAUCGACAUCACCAGAGGAUAUGGAUGUUGAAGAAGAGUCCUCAGAAAAAAAGCAAAAGGAACGUGAAAUUGUGGAAGAGGUUUUAGCAGACAUCCCAGAGCAUGAAGAAGACUACCUUGACAUGACCCUGGAAGAAGAGAGGGAGGUCAUUAUCAAGUACAAGACUUGGCUACAAAGGUCACAUCCAUCGACCUUGUAAUUAGACUGUGAAAGAGCCAGUACUUAAAUCCUACCGCUGAUUUGUGCCUCAUAUCUCCAUCUACAAAAUGUGUUGCCUUUUCUUGAUUAGAAACAAAAACUGAAUUUUUCUGUUUAAUGAUUUUUUUUGCCUUCUUGCAAAGACCUGAAGCCAUGGCAUCCCUUUACUAUAUAAUCAAAUUUAGCUUUUGGUGCAAAUAUUAAUUAGGAUGUAAUUUUGUAGUAAUUUUGCCUUUCACUUUGUAGUAAAUACAGACAUUUACUUUUACUGGUAGUUUUUCUUAUUUCCAAAAUAAUUGCUGUUGUUACAGCAAAUAGAAAAUCCAAAUUUGGAUGUUAUUAAUGCUGGAUAGUUCUACUUCACAAAUAGUCUACAAUGACGUCUUUUUCUGGGCUUUGGUCUGUCACGUACUAACUGUGGUUGGGGCAAUCUGUAGUAUUGGGGAACCUGUCUGAAUAACUCCAGUUGUGUAACCUUGGAUCUCUUGUCAAAAAGAAUUUGCCAUCUAUAUCUUAAUCAUUCCUUGAUUGUCAAAAAUCAUUAUUUAAAAUUUUAGUCUGAUUCAAUGGCUAGUAUUGUUUCCUUCUUGGGCUACACUGGUCUAUGCUGUUUGGAACUAGUCAGUAUUGCCAGCCAUUUCUCUGCUCUCUGAUCUGUUAUUCGGUGAUUCACAAUUGCAUACUGUCUUUGCACCCAGCCUUUUAGGCCUGACUAUAACUGCUAUUGAAACAUGGAAGUGCCACUAUUCAUAACUACUUCUACCAAAGUUUAGAUCCGGGGGUUCGACCCAGAGCUGGAGACAGUGCAAGUGUAUCUAUUAUAGAUCUCUUUCCUCAAACUGAGCCCUUAACUGGAGAUCAAGAAAACAUGUUCUUACUGCACAGACUGUUUGUUUGUU